ACAAUAAAGCACCAUGAACUUUUGGUCGUGCCGACUUUUGUUGGUGGAAGGGGAGGGAGGGGAUCGAUCAGUGUUUCCUCUCUCUGACUGGGCGUUAACAGCCCAAACAGGCUCUUUCCUCUGCCGUUCGUUUCCGCAGCUUCCUCUUUCACUGCAGUGUCGAAACUUGUCAGAGUCCACCUCCCUCCAAGGUGCAGCUGUAAACUUCACCGAAGUUUUUUUUUGUCCAUUUCGCCACCAUUCUCUCACGCUCUCCCAUCUACGUACACUAACGUGUUUGUGCGUCUAUUCAUGCUGGAGACUGUUUUGUUCUUGCUCUUCCUAUUCGGUGCGUCAUGAGCACUUCAUUUCCUGCAUUCUGGCACCGUUUAACACUUCAGGAGCUGAAGUAUUCUCUGCAAUAACGCAUUGCUUUCCAGUCCCAACAGCAGCCUGCAUACCACUGAACCGUCUCCAUUAAUAGCAGGGCUCCGUAGAGACUGUGGAGCAGCAGCGACAGGGAAUGUAUGACAUCCUAUCAAGAGUUCCCGCUGCUCUCUGCAUGAUUACGCAGACAGCGUAGGAGUUCAGCUCACGAUGAGGGGCAUGUUGCCACAGGCCAUUGCAAUGUUGCCUUCGCACUUGGGAUAUGUGACCACGCCCAUGGAAAGCCAUACACGACAAACACACAGGGGCACAAACAGCUCCUCAACAAUGACUUUGGCACUGAAAGCCACUCGAAAUAAGAAGGUUUCCCCACUGCUGCCCCUAGCCCUGACCAUUCAUCACCAAACUGAGCUGCAGUGAGAUCACUGCUCACAGUGGGGUUUGGCUGGCUUAUGAGGAUGAAGAUGGCAAAAGCAUGUGUCAGAUCAACUCAAAGUGCUUUGACUUCGCACACAUUUUCCCCUCUUCUGCCCCUCUCUCACCCCCUCAAUCAGUGUCCCACAAUCCUACUCCCUUUCCAAGUGGUUGAACUUGCAUUUGGUACGCUUGCCUUUAUUGUCCUAUCGCAGGAGCAGGACUCAUAUCACGGACGUGUGCUGAGAAAGAUAGGUGUGCACUCACACAGGGUCCUAGAUCUCUGGAUUACGGAUACGUUUCAGCAAGUGAUCAUCGCAGAGCCACCUUCAGUUAUGAAAGGUAUUCCAAAAUUUUCACUAUUUUUCCUCACACUGGCCUCGGCUAUUGUUGUAUACUUGCUUUUAAGCCCCUCUUGGAAUAAGAUGAUAUCAAAUUUAGGCAAGCUGUCAGAUAUACUCGCUAACAACCCGGACACAUCAGUUGUCACUGACCGAAUGAAACUACCAAAAACUAACCACAUUCAGAGUGUGAAACACUCACACCUAUCCACACAGCCUGGAAUUAUGUUUCUGCAGACGUCCAGUCAACUAAACCUUUCACCAUUGGCCAUGUGUGGCAUCGAAUCAGCAGCGAGACUAAACCCAAACAAACCAGUUUAUUUUUUCAUGAAAGCAUUCAAUGGGAAUGUAUCUGCAUAUAGAGCACCUGAGUACGAGACCAUCCCUCUGCUUUCUUCAUUCAAGAAUGUGGUCAUCUUGCCCUUGAAUCCUAGAGAAUUGUUCAACGACACACCCUUGGCUGGAUGGUAUGAGAAGGUAGAUCCCAGCAAGGAAAGGUACUGGUUCCAUGUGCUUGCUGAUGGCUGUCGGCUUGCCUUGCUGUGGAAGUACGGGGGCAUCUAUCUGGACACGGAUAUCAUUUCAAUCAAACCCUUGGACUUCCGAAACUUUGUCGGUGCAGAAUCAGUACGCUUUGCUAAUAAUGCAGCUUUGGGAUUUAACCGCUCGCAUUCCUUCGUUGAGAGUUGCUUAAGGGAUUUUGUGGAGAAGUACAAUGGAGCUGCUUGGGGCCAACAGGGUCCUAGACUGAUGACCCGGAUGGUGAAGAAAUGGUGUGAAACUGACUAUCUCGCAAACCUCUUCAACAAAGAUUGCAAGGGGAUUAUGUUCUUGUCUGACACCUGGUUUUACCCAAUUCCAUUCAGUAAUUGGAAAAAAUACUUUGAAAAAAAUCAGUGGAACAAAAACAAUGAUGAUAUUGAAAAGGAAUUCUCAAAGACGAAUGGUGUACAUGUUUGGAGUUUUGCAUCAAGUCGCGAGAAGAUCCAAAUCAAAGGAAGUCAAUCUUUAAUAGAAUAUUUCUUCAGCACAUACUGUCCAAGCACAUAUAAAACUCUCCCAAAAUAGUGUGUGAUGUGAUUGUUAGUUUACAUAUUGCUUUACAUGUUUGUAGUUAAAUAACGUAACAAAGUGAUCAUGGUGGGUAGCUGCUGGCCUCAUCCUCAUCUGGCUCUUCCUACUGUCUGUAAAUCAUAGUAAGGAAGGGGAGAAAUGGGAUCCUGACUUUAGUUUUCCUCUCUAUCUUCCUCCUACCUCACCCCACUAUCUGCCCCCUAUUUGAAACAAAACCUGGAAACCAUGUCCCAUUUUUAAAGAAAGCAAAAAACUGCAGAUGCAGUAAUUUCUGAAAAAAAUACAGAGAAUGGGGGAGAAACUUGCAAAGGAGUUCUGAAGAAAAUCAUUGCACACCCAACUCUCUUUCUUUCUCCACAGAUACUGAGAGACUUGCUGAUUUCCUCCAACAUUCUCUGUCUAUUUCCAUUUUUGUAAUGCUAAGUGCAGGAUCCUGGGAAAUUGUGCACUAAAAAUAACCAAGAUACCAUGGGCCAGAGGUAAUCUGGACUGGUAAUUUAGAGGUCCAGGCAAAUGAUGUGUGGGCAGGUGUUUAACUUCCUACCACGGAACGUAAUUUCAGUUGAUAAAUUUGGAUUUGUUGAUUGCUACAAAAACCCAUUUGGUAUAAGAAUGUCUUUUAGGAGAGAAAUCUACCAACCCCAGUUGGUCUGGCCCAAGUGUGACUACAUACCCAUUUGUCUGACACGACUUAGCAAGCUAAUCACUCCGUUGUAUCAAACCACUACAAAGCCUAAAAUAAGGAACAAAACCAGACAGACCACCAGAAAUUUCCCCAGGCGCUGUUAACAACCAGACCAUGGCCCCAAACUUGUAAAGUCCUUCUUACUAACAUCUGGGGACUUGUGCAAAGUGGGAGAGCUGUCUCACAGACCUAUGGAACAACGGGCUGACACGGUCAUGCACAUGGAAUCAUACCUGACACACAAUGGCCCUGACACCACCAUCAGCAUCUCAGGGUAUGUACUAUCCCACUGACAGAUAGUAUACAGUUGGGAGGGAGUUGCCCUGGGGGUCCUCAACAUUGACUGCAGACUCCAUGAAGUUGAAUGGUAUCAGGUGAGACACAAGCAAGGAAAUGUCCUGCUUAUUACCACGUACUGGCUUCCCUCACUCCGCUGAUGAAUCAGUGCUCCUCCAUGUUGAAUACUACAUAGAGUGAGCACUGAGGGUGAUAAGGGCACAUGGUCAGGGAUGGGAACUUCAAGGUUUAUCACCAACAAUGAUCUGGCAACACCAUUACUGACUGAGUUGGUUAUGUCCUUAUAGACAUAACUGCGUGACUGAGCCAGCAGCAGGUAGUGAGAGAGCUAACGAGAGGAAGAAACUGACUUGAACCUAUCAUCAUCACUUUCCUUGUGGCAGAGGCAUGUAUCUAUGGCAGCAUCACUGGGGAGGGACUAGCACAUAGUCCAUGGAGACAAAGUCUGUCUUCACUUUGAGAAUACCCUCCAUUAUGUUGUGUGGCAUGAUCACAGUGGGGAAAGCAUCAGAUUUUGAAUAGACCUGGCAUCUCCAAACUGGGAACCAUGAGGCACUGUCAGACAUCAGCAAUAGCAAAAUCACAUUUCACAUCAAUCUAUAACCUCGGCCUGACAUAUCCUCCAUUCUACCAUUAGCACCAAGGAUACAAUCUGGAUCAUUAAAUAAUGCAGGAGGAUAGAAGGUAGUGUUGUGCAUGGUAGGCCAUGGGGCAUAGUGAGGAUACAGUUUCCAAUGGAGGAAGGACUGACUUUGAGAGUGCCUGAGUUAAGAUCAUAGAAUCCCUAUAGUGUGGAAACAGGCCCUUCAGCCCAACAAGCCCACGCCGAACCUCAGAGCGUCCCACCCAGACCCAUCCCCCUAUAACCCACCUAAUCUACACAUCCCUAUGGGCAAUUUAGCAUGGCCAAUCCUCCUACCCUGCACACCUUUGGACUGUGGGAGGAAACCAGAGCACCAGGAGGAAACCCAGGCACAGACCCACAGAUAGUUGCCUAAGGCUGGAAUCAAACUUGAAACUGUGAGGCAGCAGUGCUAACUACUGAGCCACUGUGCCGCCCAUGCCGGAGGUCAUCCAUCCUUCCUGCAGGAGUGCUGCUCUGCAGCAUUUGCACACUUUACAAGGACACUUGAGUAAGUUGAUGAUCUUACAGGUGUCACUGAGGGUAACAUUUUGAGAUUACAUAACACUGAGCUAGCAGGAAACCGCAAUUAUAAAGUUAUCUGAAAACUGUCAGACUCUGGCCAUACUGAAAUAGAACAAGUGUUUGAACCACCGGCCCUUAUUUUUCAGAAAACUCUACCUCAGUCUCUCUGUUUGUCAGAAUUCCUGACCAUGAGUUUCUGUCACAGAAGCUGCAGGUAUCAUGGAGCAUGGGAAAUGGGAAUCUAAUCUUCCGUUUCUCUGAAUCCAGGGCUUAGUCUUCUCUUGAAUAAUACAUGGUGUUACUUUCUGCUGUAAGGUUACUUUGAUCAGAUCGGGGACAGAUAGUUUUUGAUCCUCCAUCAUCAUGCUUUAGGAUCUCAGAGACUUUCCUGAAAUCCUAUCUCUUGGUGGAAUCCCACAAUCAUUGUUUUCACACACUCCAUCUCUGGCUUGUGACUGUUUCAGUAAUUUAUGGAAUGUGGGGUUUAAUGUUGGUGAUGGUGCCUGUAUGGAAAAUAAUUUUAUACCUGACACUGAAAGUGGGAUCUGAAAGGCAGAUUCUUUGUAAGACACAAUUAUGUUAUGAAAAUUUUUUUUCAAGGACAAAUAUAUUUCUACAUGCUUAUUUAAGUUUAAAAUAUUCUCAGGUAUUUUUGUAUGUGGCGAAUGAGGUUCUUUCUUUUAAACUGUUGUAAAAGUUUCAGAUUCCUAACUUAUAUACUUUGACUAAUCUGUUACCACAUGAAAAAUGAUUUAUUUUUAAAUGACAGCAAUGUUGAUGUCUGUAAAUAUAAAUCUCU